UGUACUUGUUACAGACGAAACAUCGCGCGGCGAUGGGCAUGCUGGCAAUUUGCAACGCAGGCUCGCUGAUAGCCGCUACCAACCUAGUCAUCUCAUUACACCCUGAAGACAAGAUCACAGUAAAGCGCGGCGCUGCGCUGACGGCGCUCGGCUUCGUCUACUUCAUGACGUUGUUUGAGUUACUUAACUCAUUGGCGCUCUCCACCGGCGCCGGCGCACGCUUCAGACACAAGUAUCGCCUCAGCUGCGGUGACGUGCUCGAUAUUACCAACAAAUUAGUAUCGGCUGUGCAGGCAGCUCUAUCGUGCGUGACCGGGGCAAUUGUGUGCCUCUGGUCGUGCACCCGCGACUUCAUGCGGAGCUCCCACUAUAUGUCCGAGGCCUACGCCUGGUUCGGCGCCGCCUACUUCUUCUACGAUAUAUGGAGCAUGUAUAUGGUCCACGUCCAAAUGAACUCCAAUCCAGAGGUUUCCUCGUCAAAACGUCGUCUAUCUAAGAACGGCUCGGCUCCACUCUCGUCUGGCGACAGCACAGUACAGAAGAAGCAAGGCACUACCUUCUUAGACUACUGCAAACAUGAACCUGUCAUACUGAUGCAUCAUCUCUUCAUCGGAGGCUUCGGGUUCCUUGUCAUUGUGUAUCUACGCGGUAACCUAGGCGACUGUACAUUUGGUUUCGUGUACCUGAUGGAGCUGUCGACGCCAUUCGUGUCGGUUCGCGGGAUCCUAUCCCGGAUGAGGUUAAAAUCGUCUCGGCUGUACAUUGUCAACGGCAUACUGAUGUUGCUUACGUUUUUCGUGUGUCGAGUACUUAGCUUGCCUUACGUCUGUCUCAUGUACAGCAGAGUUCUUGGACUGUCCUAUGUUGAUGCAAUUAGAUCCCUACCGACGGGCUGUAAGAUAUCAAUUUGCAUCCUCCUUCUCCCCCAACUAUACUGGUUCUACUUGAUGUCGGCGGGCGCGUUGAAGAUGUUGUUCGGGACAGGUAAGAAGUCAGCUUCCUUCAGCGGCGGGGACGUGGCGCCCAGCAGCCUCCCGUGCGGCGGAUGCGGCGAGUGCGCGCGGUGCGCGGCGCAGGCCGGCGCGUCGCAGUGUGGCGCGGCGCAGUGCGGCGCGCCGCAGUGCAGCGCGGUGCCGCCCGGGAAGGCGCACAAACGGAGCUGA